GGGGUAUGGGGGGGACUGGGGGGGAGGGAGGGGGAGGACUGGGGGGACGGCCAUGCCGCGCAUGCGCAGUGCACGCCGCUUAACAAUUGUUUACGCGGAAACUUAACGCGAGGAGUGCGCGCGGCCGUGGUGGUGGUGGUGGCGGCCUCGCGGAUUUUCCGCGCAGAUUCGACAUCGGGUUGUUUUGUUGAAGAGAUUUAAAAAAAAACCCAUUAACGGAAACCCACACGGACAACAACAACAACAUCCACACGGGACGCACCGUCGCUACACAUUAGAAAGCGACGACAAUUACAAGCAGCUUAGCGUUUAGACCCAACACAAAUAGCGACACAAAUAUAAACCUCUUAUUUCGCCUCCGUCCGCCGCUCCACCACUUGCCAUGGGCUGCUGCGCGAGCAAAGAGGGGGAAGGCUCGCGGACUGUAAGGCAAUGGACCCCUCUCGAAAACCGAGGCUGCACUGACAUCCCAUGGCUGAUCAUCUUCUUCCUCUUCCUGGCUGGGAUGGUUUUUGUCGCGGCGUUUUCCAUCUACACGGGCGCCGCCUCGCGCCUCAUCUACGGCUACGACAGCUAUGGCAAUCUGUGCGGAACCAAAAACACCCCGAUCCAGAACUUCCCCAUGUCUGGCCAGGACAUGCGGGAAAAACCGUUCGUAUUCUUCCUGGAUGCGUGCAACCUGGACCCCGUGAAGCUCAAGUUCCGCUCCAUGUCGCUGUGCGUAUCCCAGUGCCCCGAGCGGCAGCUCUCCACCAUGCAGGAAGUGCGACACUUUGCCGAAAACAACAGUUCUAGCCUCUGCGAUUACUCGGUGAAGCCUGCCGAUUACAAAGACAUCCUCGCGGGCAGCACUUGUCCCAAGCUGCCGGUGCCAGCCAGCAAGCCGGUGCUGCACCGCUGCGUGCCCACGAACAUCACGUGCUUCAUCAAGUUUGCCGAGACGGUGGCCGGCGUCAUCAACAGCAAUGACAUCUUCCACAAGGUGAUCAGCGGCAUCAUGAACAGCAAGGACGUCAUCAUCGGCCUCUGCUUCCUCGCGCUCGUGCUGUCCAUCAUAAUGAUGCUGGUUAUCCGCUACAUCUCCACGGUGCUCGUGUGGAUCCUCACCAUCCUGCUCAUCCUGGGCUCGCUUGCGGGGACGGGCGUGCUGUGGUGGAUGUACGCCGAGUACCGCACGUCCGGCAACACCACGCUCCCGCUGCCGCAGCUGCCCAUCGUCAAGAGCAACGAGCAGGGCCUCCUCAUCUACGCCAUCAUCGCCACCGUCUUCACGGUGAUCCUGCUGCUGAUCAUGCUGGUGCUGAGGUCCCGCGUCAAGCUGACCAUCGCGCUCUUCCACACGGCCGGCAAGGUCUUCAUCCACAUGCCUCUACUCAUGCUGCAGCCCCUGUGGACCUUCAUAGCACUGCUCAUCUUCUGGGUCUACUGGAUAGCCGUGCUGCUGCUCCUGGGAACUGCAGAGGUUCCUGCGGCACCUGGCCCGGCAGGUGACCCGUCCACCACGGACCAGGGCUUUGUGGAGUACCAGCUCGUGGGCCCCGUGCGCUACAUGUGGUGGUACCACCUGGUCGGACUCAUCUGGGUCAGCGAGUUCAUCCUCGCGUGCCAGCAGUUGGCCAUCGCCGGCAGCGUCGUCACCUACUACUUCACGAGGAACAAGAGCGAGCUGCCGAUGACGCCCAUCCUGUCGUCCAUCAAGCGGCUGCUGCUCUACCACCUGGGCACGGUCGCCAAGGGCUCCUUCAUCAUCACCCUCGUCAAAAUCCCACGCCUGGUCCUCAUGUACAUUCACCAGAAGCUCAAGGGCACGGAAAAUGCGUGCACCAACUUCAUGCUGAAGUGUUGCAUCUGCUGCCUUUGGUGUUUGGAAAAGUGUCUAAAGUACCUGAACCAGAACGCGUACACGGCCACGGCCAUCAACGGCACCAGCUUCUGCUCGUCGGCACGCGACGCGCUCACCAUCCUGGUCUCCAACGCGCUGCGCGUGGCCGCCAUCAACUGCGUCGGCGACUUCAUGCUCUUCAUGGCCAAGAUCCUGGUGGUGUGCUUCACCGGCUUCGCGGGCGCCUUCAUCCUCAACUACCAGCGCGACUACCACAUGUGGGUGGUGCCCCUGCUGCUCGUGUGCCUCUUCGCGUACCUGGUGGCGCACUGCUUCCUGUCGGUGUUCGAGAUCGUCGUGGACGUCCUCUUCCUGUGCUUCGCCGUCGACACGGAGCACAACGACGGCACGCCGGGCAGGGAGUACUACAUGGACAAGUCGCUCAUGGAGUACGUGAAGAACAGCGAGGAGGCGCUCUCCAACCUGGAGCGCAAGCGCAAGCAGGGCCGCGCCUCGGGAGACGCGGGCCGCGAGCUCAAGCCCAUGGCGGCGAGCAACGCGUGACGGGCGCCGCGGGGAGGAGCCAACGUCUUCCACGCUCCGCCUCCCGAGACCUCGCCACUCCAUCCCCACCCCCUCCUCCUCCGCAGCAGCAGCAGCAGCAGCCGCCUUCAGGACCCACCGACAGCCCCUAAGUCCACUACCGUCUCCAACUACGGAGGCAGCCACACGGACGACGUUUUGGUCGAUGCCGGGGCUGCUUUGGUUACCGCCAAUCGUUGGCCUUUGGUUUUCAAACGAAACGACAAUGACGACAACAACAACAACAAAAAGCGCGCGCAAGAGGAUUCGAAUGCCGCCAGUUCACGUUCUUCCGCUCCACGCCGGGUUGCCGUGCGGUUGGCGCUUUUAAAAAUAAAAUCGACACCAGGAGGAGCAGCUCUGACGCGCAUGGACUUGAUCCAAGACGAAGCGGCGGCAGCAGCAGAGACUUCCCGUGGUUGGUUCCGAAUCCGCAACAUUAAUCGGUUCGGGCGUAAUAAGAACGUUAGAGAGUUUUUGUUGUGGAACGACCAAAAAAAAAAACCCAACAUCUUUUUCAGCCCCUUCCAGCAACACGAUGUAGUGAUUCCUAGUCGUAGCGCCAAGAGGAGUGGGAGUCGUGGGGGUCGUGGGUGCUUCUUGUGGGGCGCGCGUGUGCACGCUCAGCAAACCCACGUGACGCUUUGGCCCGUUUUUGGGAGGAAAGUGAACAAAAGAAAAUUGAACGCGGUGGAGCCGUUUGUGAGUGCGGGUUUGACGAGCGGGCUCCAGUUUUAGUCGAUAACCUUAGGAUUUAUAGCCUCUGAAUAAUUGUGGCGUGCAUCUUUGAAAAUGCUGCCUCCAACUUGGUGCAAGCCAACACAUGAAAUGUGCCUAGCGUGCAGGGGUGUGGGGUUCUUUUUUGCAAGUAAGGGGGGAGGCGAGGCGGGGGUUUUGGGGGACCGUUUUCAGCGACACGUGUGACCCGUGGCUGGGUACGAUCACGCUAAAGCCCCCUUCUCUGCCCGGUGACAAGCGGCACUCGUUUUUUUUUUUUUUUAAUAACAAAGAAGUCCCGUGAAAACACGUUUCGCUUGAUGCAAUUUUUACUUCCUGCUGCGCGUCGACAGGGGUUGACGGCUCACGCGCCGGUCGGGCGGACGGCGAGGGGUGUGUACACAGAAGCACGGGGGAGUGGCGAGCCAGCCGCAGUCUGGGGCAGGAGCAGUACCCCACGCUGCCCGGGGGCCUUGCAUCUUCACACCGUCGUCAGCCUGAGAACCCUACGCAGACUGAUUUAGAAUGAGCAGGUAGACUAAUAUAACACUAACUUUUUUAUUGUACUUUUACUUACUCUCACACUCGGUCAUAUAGGCGCGUGAAUGUGUGUAAUGGCAAAUGGGGGGGGGGGGGUGUGUGCUUCCCGGUUAUCACACCGUGGGUGGUAGGGUCUACGCAUGAUGCUCGAGACCAAUUUGACUUGAGCAAAGCAACUUGGGGUCGAGUGCGUGAGCGCCGCACAUCAGCUGGGGGUGUUCUCUGGCGCGGGGGGAACCACCUGUCGCUCAGCGUGGGUCUCGAGAGAGAGUCGCUGGCUCGACCCCGACGUCCACGCGAUGAGCAGCAACCCUUGGUGAAGCAAGUCGUAAUAAAUUCGUUCGGUGUGAUGUUCAAACGGCGUUGGUGGGAUCCAGUUGGCUCUGCGCGCGAAUCGUGUUUACCGGGGGCAGCGGCGGCGGCAGCGCCUUACUCGCAGUCUGCGGGAGGCCUUGAGAUCACAGCGCUCGGCCAGCAAGUUGACACAAAGCCUAUCUUCCCUUCCGUGUCAAUAAAAAAAAACGAGCUCCGCUUUUUACGACGGCCGACAGCAGUUGUCGUCAUACAGAGCGACAGACACGGGGUCGCCUCCGCGGGGGUCAUUCGCGGCGUUGACACACCGCUGGCUUACGACUGCCGGCGGAGAUGAGCUGACAGCUGAACAACCCCGAGCGAGGGCGCGGUUGCCCGCUCGCCCGUGUGUGGACACACACUGGCGGCCGUCCACCGGCUGUAGUCGUACGAGCGAACUGAAUUUUAUUCGCAUCGGAAGUACACGUUCUGAUUUGAAGCCGCGUCCUAUUUGCAAGAUAACUUCAGUUUACAAUGUGGGGCGGGCCGGGGGAGCGGGUGGAACCCGUGGCGAUGAGGCCGUUGUGUGGUAAUCGAGAAACGCUGUGCUCCGUGCUGCCCGUUGCCUGGGCAGGGAGCACGCUGGCGUGGGUAUUUCCUCUCUCCUGGCUGCACAGACUAACGCCCCCUACCGAUGUAUCGUUUUGAAAAGCACCAAUGUGCAACUCAAACUCCGAGAUGUGCCACACGCGCACGCCGCAUCUUCGACCGGUGGUCACAGGCACCCCCAGGUGUUCUAUUGUCAUUAUCAAGUCGUGACGCAGGUCAGUAGUUAAUAAAACCUGAAGGCAACCGUAUUCGCCAAAUUCAAGAAUGCUCAAAUCCAGCGAUUGACAGAAUGACUCCUGUGCUAAACUUUCGCGCUCGGGGCAUGCGUACGAUGCCACCUACCCAGCCAUCCCGCCCGCCCCAUCCUCCCAGCUUGCGAGUUUUUUUGGCUUGAAGAGUUUGAGAAGCCCUGCACUAACGAGUAAAUAAAAGAAAGCCUUUUUGGUUUAGGAUAUUUUUGUUUGGUGGUAUUAGCUACAUCUGCGAUUAACGCAGUGCCUUAACCCGUAGUUCGUGUUGACGUAAUGACGUUAAACUGCGGAAGGAGCUCGAUUAUGGAUUGACCGGUGAGAAAGAGCCUGGCCGUGUCGAGACGGAGCCUGGAGUGCGUGAGGGUUGCCCCCCCCCCCGACCCCCCCCUCCCCCCCCCCCCCCGUCGCAUGGGGGACAUGGAUCUCGCUUGGAACACUUCCGUCGGAGUCAGACGUGUGUGCCCGUUUCUUUUUGCUUAACCAACCCACCUCUGUCGUCCCCUCGCUCGCCACGGGUCUCCCCCCCCCCCCCUUCCCGGCUUGCCGCUUCCAAUUUCUACCGAGAGCGAGCACUGGGGAGAGUGGCCACGGAUUCAAGAAUGGUUUCUGGAGAGGCAGUUCAAGCAGGUGAACGCACGCGGUCAUUCCACGAGGAGUUGCGCCGGUCGGGAAUCGCUCUGCUUCGGCGCUCUGCCAGGGUUCGAUGAGAAAUGUUGGGAGGGGGGGGGGGUGUGGUCGACGUUGCGGUGAGAAGGACGCGUCGGGCGUCGGCUCCAUCCUCCCUGAGUGUGCGGGGUUCGUGAUCCCCCGUGUCCCCCCCCCCCUCUGCCUGCACGCCCAUUGACUCUGUUGACUCUGGAAGUGACGGUCCGCGUCAAAAAGCUCGUGACCUCCAUCCGUUUGAAUCCUCGGGCGUCUCUUGCAGUCCGCGAACUCGGAGCCGCUCCAAGUUGGCAAAAGUUCGCCUCGUCCGCCCCACCGCCGCGUUAAGACGGAAGCUUCGCCUCGACCUGGAUAACCUCGCGAUUGAAGCCUUGGUCGCAUUGAGUCGGGGGGGGGGGGGGGGGGGCAAUAUUCUGGCUGGAGCCAACCUCAAAGUCGGUCUCCUGGAACCCAGCUGGAGGCGGCGAGAGCCGUCUCGGAGAGUGGCGGCCUCUCGCGUUUCCACAUUCCAGGGCUCCAAGUGGAGCAUGGCAUGGAGCCACACUGUACACGGGGCAAGUUUCUGACGACAAAAAAAAGACCCCCAUCGGUAGAAAUGACCCUGGGACAAUGAGCGGUGGGGGGUGCCCCCCCACGCCCACGUCGUGCCAACCGGUUCGAUGGCGCGUUUUGCUUUUGCGCGAAAUACCCCGGUCCGCGGAAAAGAGCGUCUGUGCGGAUUUUUUUUCCUCUCCAGUCGCACAGCCCGUCAAGUCCCCCCGCCGUCUGUGGCGUGUCCACGGCGUGGCGUCUGUCUCCCCGCUCACGUGGGGGAUUGGGGGUUGGCAGCGUUCCCCGUCGACGUCGUUCGUGGAGAGAGGCCUCCCCCCCCCCCGCCCCGUCACUCGUUCGCUCGAAAAUUGGGAGCAGCCGAAAUUGAUGACCCCGCUGUUGAUUGACAACAACGCUUGAAAAGUGGUAUUUGUUUUCAUCGAGUACCACUUGACACCAGCAGUGCCACCACAGCCGAAUGUAAUGCCCAUUUUCAACGAAUGCAUGAAUGCGGAGCCGUAGGCAGCCCCCGUAGGGUUAUCACGGUUCAGUGUUAUUUUUCAGGGCUCAUGAAGAUAGACAAACUAGGAUUAUUACGGUUCAGUGCUAAAGCCCGCAGUUUGGCUUUCCUUCACCUUCCCCCACGAAACACCGGUUAAGCCCUCUUCGCUCUUGACAGAUGACGGUAAAUCGUGGUGUGUGCUGGGUUAUUUUUUCAGAAACAAUUUUGUCACUUGACAACGCGAGCUUAUACGCAUCCUCCAUUGCACUAUUAGAAGCGGGUGUUUUCGCUCGGAGGGGAUGACGUUUUAAAUAUCGGAGCCUUCAUUGGGAUUUAAUCAUCGCGGAUGAUGAUGACUAUGAAAAAGAACAUUGACAGAAUUCUUGGUGGAAAAUCCUAAAUCCGCACGUUAUCCGUACCCCAGCCGCCUGGCCGAAGCGUCGCUCCCGUCGGUAAGAGCAGCGAGGCAGGCCCAAGUGACAACGCCGAGUUGUGACCGCUGCCGCUCAAAUCCCCGCGCCGUGGUCCACUCGGCCUCCUACUCGUGUCUCCAAGGUGAAAAAACAUUUACGCGGCGGUGGCGGCGGGUUGCCCUUCGGAGGGAACGAUCGAAUAUCCGCCACGUCCAUCUGGGACCCGCCAGCGGCCGGCUCGUGUGUGGUGGUGGGGGGGCAGGGUGGUGGGGGGCGCGGGUCUCCGGUCGCUGGACGCAGCCCAGACGCCGGAUUGUGAACGAGGGGGGGGGGAGACUUUUGACCGCUUAAAUUUUCCACCGCUUCUCUUCGCCACUUCCGACGCUGCCUUUUGCAACCACGGCGAGACGCCGCCGCCGCCGUGCUGUGGUGCGGGGAGGUUGAUCGAGGAACGCUUUGAAGACGUCUUCACAACUUGGCAGUCUUUACUUAGACCGCAGGAGGAAUCCGAUGAGCUGUAAAGCUCUUUAUUUUUUUGCGCAGACGUCUCGUCGUGGCCACGGGGUAAGACACGUGACAACAACAAAGAGUGACGCCAAACAUCGACGGCACCACCUUGGGCAGAGCAAGCAAGGGCUUUUUUUUGUUAUGUAAAAAAAUUCAGCACGUUAACGGACAACAUCCGAGGUGAAAGUGAAAUUCUUGGACGCUCGCAAGCGCCACCGAUCGUUUGACGACAUUGUUUGGGACGCAGUGAAAGCAAAUGAACGCUUUAUUUGGCAUUCGUUGUCGAACCAUUUGAAGUUGCGAGGUCGGAUCGUGUUUUAACAGCCAACGGAUGGGUUCGAAAUGAUGCACGAUGCGUAAACAAAAAUUGGGUCAAUUGGCGCUUCCGCACAUUCCCCUUGUGGCCCUGUAUAAUUGUGUUGUAGGAGGUGGAUAUCGGACGUUUUGUGUACACAUCCCCACGGAGUGGGCAUGGCGCCAGACUUUGUGCACAGGGCGAGGAGCGAGUCCCAACAAACCCGCGUACUUGAUGCUUUAUAAUUUUCUCAAAAAAAAUAAACUAAAUAAAAGCAAAGAAAAAAAAUGGAAUUUACUCAAGGCGGUGAAAGAAACAAAAUUAAGUGGUACUUACUUUCUAACGUUGGCUUUGUGGAAUAACCAAAGUUUUUGUUUUUACCAGGAUCUUUGCUUGAAUUGUGUGUGUGGGGGUGGGGCGGUGGGGGAAUGAUUUAUAAGAUGUACAAUACUUGUGUGGUGAGGUUUCUAGUUUUUUUUUUUAACGGGGGGUGGGGGGGGUUUCAUCAGUUUUUUCACGGCGGAGUCGGGGAGAGCUUUCCGUACCCCACAGCCUGUCCCAAGGCCUCCUCCCCCCCCUCCCCACGUGUUGCACUUUGGCCAGUCCCGGUGCCCUCUCUUGCAAGACAGCCAAACCCUUGUUCCUUCAGCCACUCCAUUGCUGUCGGGUUGAGCAUCUGUGACCAUUGCUCGCCCUCGUAUUCUUAGGGAUGGGGUGGAGUGGGGGGGUACCUUUUACCACCAUCGCGAUUAACAAGAUGAAGCUUUAUGGCUGAUAAAGAUACGGUCGGGCGAACUCUUCGGAGGAUAACUAAUCGUGGCAGAGAGAACAAAGGCAGAGAUUGUGAGCAGAGAAUUGUGUGACUUAUCGAUGCAGACAAUGAUUUACCAUUUUGGUCCGUGAACUGCAGAGCCAUUCCACUGCUGGAUGAGAUCCUUUCCCCACAUCGUGCAGGCCGUGAGGGCAGUUUGACGAUACAUGGGUGCCGCGGUGGUUAGGAGAUGUUAACUCCCUUGCCUGGUAUGUAGGAGGUCGUGGGUUCGAUCCCGACCCUGAUGCCAUGUUCUAUAUAAUUGGUCGCGUAUUUUUUUUUCUCCGGGUCCUCCGGUUUUUCCCUCCACGUUUAUUACCAACCAUGCGUUUUAGAUAAUUUGUCCUACUUUCAAUUUCCACAUGAAUAGCCACUUUGUUGAGCUAUCAUUUGUGAUUGCUUGGUCGCUUCUGAAAAAAAACUUUUUCGCUCAGUGGGCCUUGCCUGGUAAAGUACAAAUAAUAGUUUUGGUUUGGUGACGGCGGUUGUGGAAGAGUGCAAAGCAACAAGUGGGGUGUUUCUGCAAUGCCCUCUGCUGCUCCCACUGUCUACUGCACAUGUCCUAUACGCAUGGUGCCACUCAUGCACACACGAGGCAGGCCCCCAACAGGUGCUUGGCUUCUGAGAUGUGGUGGCGGCAUCGGGUGCAUCCCAGAUUUACAAUAAUAUGGGAAUUUUUAAUGAUACUAAUGUCCACAAGCAAAGACAAACCCUGGGAUUAUAUUCGCUAUAAACAUUAAUUUGUAAAAUAAAUGUGUUUAUAACCUUUACAUAAACGUUGUAAUGAACUGAUAUUUUGCCACAGAUUAGCAUUUUCCUUUGCUCACUUGUUGCAAAGAGACAACAAUUACUCGCGCGUAAAGGUUUUGGUAUUUAACAUCCACAAACUACACAAUUAACAUGAAUUGUUAUUCAAAGUUCGGAACUGUCUCGGCACCACUUUGUAGCGUUGAGUGAUGGGGGGGGGGGUGGGAGGCUGGUCAGGCCCCGACUGCGUUGAGCCAGGGCGCACUGGCAGCUGUGGGAACCAGCGGAAGGAAGCGCUGCCGUGGUGUGGCGAUAUCGGUGACAUACACAGUGACCUCCUGGCAUCGACCACGUAACGAUCCGUCACAAUCGUCUGCCCCCUCUCCCCCUUCUGCUCUGAACAACGGCAAGCAUGUGAUCUUGUUCAUGUUCUGUGUUUCUCAUCGCGACGGCCCUGAAUUGAUCCGUCCCUGCACUACCGCGCUGGGCUUGCGUGUGCCGUGCGGUGCGCUGUUUUUGCCAAUUGUGCUGGAGCUGGGCGGAAACAUCUCGCCGCUGCUGAAAAUAAGCCUCGCCAAGACCGCCGUGGCCGAGAGAGUGUCCGUUCAUCACAGCCUGCCCGACCCGCAGUGCUUGGGCCCCCCGGUACAAAGAGGGCUUUUGGUCAGACCAGUUGAGUUGGCCUCGUGGCCCCACCGAUGGGAAAUGUCGUCCCCGCCAAGAAGUCAUUGGUCGGGUCUCCACGGCCCAGCCAUGUUGAGACUUCCAUUAAGCCAAGCAGGGUUAUACUAUAAUUGUAAUUUUAACUCGAGUAUAAUUGGACUGACUAGAAGAAAUUUGGACAAUUGUUCAGGCAGACGGCACCUCGCACUUUCGUGGAUAAUUCAACAUCGCUUCAGACCUAAGUGGAAAUGUACAGCGCCGUGGAUGAACUUUUCAGUCUGUUGUCUUUACGAUGUGGCGAUUUGAUCAAAAAAAUAGGAAGACAUUACAUCCUUUAUUUGACCAGGAGAUAGCACUGCUUUUUGCAAGGAGACGACUUGGGGUUCAUCGAAAAUUCUGCCCCAAUCACCGGCGACUCUUUGGGAAAUCGCAAUUGUAAGAAGUCCGCAUUCUUUUGGUCAACUCCGUCCGUGUUUUUAAAAGUUUUUUUUUUAUUGCAUCUGCCGAGUGUUUUCAUAAAACAAGGGGAUUCCAUCGCUAAAUUAAAACCUAAGUGGUGAAGAUCCAAACGUGAUAAGCCACAGGUCUGCGUAAUUACCGCGUACUUGCAGGUUGUUUCACAUGUAGUUUACACGUUAACAGAUUGGCAACAACACGAACAAUAGAAGACGCCCGAAUGUUUUGCUCCUAAGCUGCCACCAUUCAUUAUUUGGCAAACGCUCCGUUGCGCGCACUCACUCGCGUUUCUUUUCGUGGAGCGGUCGGUAAGGUUCUAGAUUUGAAGCUUUCGUGACUGCAAGGAUUCAUACUCUUAGGUUUUUUCGGUAAAGUCACGUAGGUAAAAAAUUAAAAUUAAUCAAAUAAAAUAAAAAUCACGACGUUUCGGAGGCAACACAAGCUUCCGUCUUCAGGUGGAACCGUCACAGCACGAUAGCUGCCUCCGAAACGUCGUGAUUUUUAUUUUAUUUAUUUAAUUUUUUAACCUACGUGCCUUUACCGAAAAACCUAAGAGUACCCGUUGCGUGCAGCCUCCGCACAUUUGGUGACGACCCCGAGUCGGGUGUUGCACAACACGUGGGAUGGAACGAGCGGGCGGGCGGUCAUGGGGGGUGUCCGCCACGCUGAGCCAUCUGCCGCCUUUCAUGUCUCGCUGCAACAAAGCCAUCGCCUUUGUUGAUUGUCUCUCUCUCUCGCCCACUCAGCUUUGGCAGUUCACCCGACACAAAGCAGUACCGCCAUUCUUCACCUGAGGACGGCUGCUUGCGUUGUGGCCGAAACGUCGUGAGAAUUGUAUUUUAUUAUGUUUUAUUUUUAUUAUUUUAUUAUUUCCAUUCUACGUGACUUUACCGAAAGAACCAAGAAGAUGUACCGCCAUUGUUGGCAGGUGACGUGCCCGCGUGCGUGUCGAUAUCUUCACACAACCGCCGUUGUUUAUUGGGAUUAAUUUCACGAAACUUUAAAGAGAUUUAUCUCAUACUCUUCUCUACUAUGUUUAGCAUGAGUUUGCAAUUAGUUUUAAUAUUUUAAACUCGGUAACCUUAUUUUAUUUGUAACCUAUUAGUCGCAUAUUAAGUUUAUAUAUUUGUGUUAAGAUGUAAACACAAAACUAACAAUUGUUAUGAGCAAUGGAGGUUGGCAAGCUUAGAUUUUUUUUUUUCGUUGAGGUCAUAUCUGAAAAGAGGUGAAAUACAAAUCGACUCCCAACAACCGCUCGGGAUGUUUGACCAGAAAUGGCUUCAAUUUGUUUUACGUUCCAGGUCAAUAACGCAACCGGUAGAACAGAAAACAUCCUCCGAAGCAACCAAAACAUUGGCACUACACAACCAUCGCAUUCGUCAAACACCCUCUACAUAAUUCUUGUCCUCGUUACAGUCUUGCGGUGUGUGUGUGUCGGGCACCUCCUCUUGCCAGCGAGCCUUCGACACCACGUGGCAGCCUCAAAGUGCACCUGGCCUGGCACGGGCGCCGUGGGGACGUCACCGUCACUGAGUGGCGGCUGUGUUGGCAUUGGCGGAGAUAGAUUGAAGCCCACCCAAAUUGUGCAGAAAUGAGGCAUCCGGGUUUUACUCCCCCCCCCCCCCCCCGGCUCCUGUAAUCUCUCUCGUCCGUCCGAUACUUCGCAAACCCCCUUACCCCCAGGAAGACGCCGCAAACGGGAAUGUAACAACAACAACAACAACUUCUGCGUAUUUCUAUUUGCUCCGCUGGCGACAAAAUCUUGCCAAUCGACCGGUGUUUGCGAUUGUUCGAUCCUUCCCCCCCGUCCCGGCCCACCCGAUGCUGCGUCGUUGCGAGGAGAUCUUUUUUUGGGGUCGAAAUCAACUUCUUACGUCCUUUGUAUUUGACUUUGCACGUAUUUUGUAAUAAAAACAAAUCUUGUUUUUUUUUAA